AGCUGUAGCUUUUAGCUUGUUGCUAACAGAUAAGAAGAUGUCGGCUCCUUUCAGAGUGUCCCUCCGCCGCAGGGCUCUCUGUCCGCCCGGCUCCAGGCCGCUGCUGCCGGGGAGGGAGCCGGGCAGCAGGCGCUGGAGGUCGGACACAAACACAGACAGUCAUGGACCACUAGAGGGGGUCAGAGUCCUGGACCUGACCAGGGUUCUGGCCGGCCCGUUUGCCACCAUGAUCCUGGGAGACCUGGGAGCCGAGGUGAUCAAGGUGGAGCGUCCAGGUGGAGGGGACGACACCAGGACCUGGGGUCCUCCGUUUGUCGGGUCAGAGAGCGUUUACUUCCUGAGCAUCAACCGGAACAAGAAGGCCCGGGUUCUAGGCCCAGGUUCUAGGCCCGNCAGUCCAGGGUACGACUCCAUCGCCUCAGCAGUGUCAGGGAUGAUGCACAUCACCGGCCCGGAGGACGGAGACCCGGUACGUCCAGGUGUCGCCAUGACGGACCUGGCAACGGGACUGUAUGCACAUGGAGCCAUCAUGGCCGCUCUGCUGCAGAGACACAAGACAGGAAGAGGAGUUCACAUCGACUGCAACCUGCUGUCUUCACAGGUGUCCUGUCUCAGCCACAUAGCAGCUAAUUACCUGAAUGCAGGGAAGGAGGCGCAACGCUGGGGGACGGCCCACGAGAGCAUCGUUCCAUACCAGGGCUUCAGGACCAGAGACGGACACAUCGUGGUAGCUGCAGGAAACGACCGGCAGUUUGUCCAGAUGUGUCAGGUUCUGGACCUGAUGGAGAUCUCAGAGGAGCCCAAAUACAGAACCAACAAGCUGAGAGUCCAGAACCGCAGAGAGCUGCUGGAUAUCCUGUCUCAGAGGUUCCUGCAGGAGAACACAGCUGAUUGGAUGAACAGGUUCCAGGGCUCAGGUGUUCCUGUGGGACCAAUCAACAGCAUCCAGGAAGUGUUCGCAGAGCCGCAGCUGAUGGCUGCUCCAGUCUGGGUCCAGGUCAGACCAGGAAGAGGAGGAACCACUUCCUGGAAACACCUGGACCUCCAGGUUUUCUACGGUGCUGCUUUCCAGGAACGAAGACGUCACGAUUGAAUUUAUGUGUCCCAG